GCGAUCCGCCGGCUCCAGCCGCGCACUAUCCAAGGCAGCUAGGCGCAGCGAGCCGAGCCUCCUCGCUCACUGGGCUGUGUGGCCAUGGAGAACCAGGUGCUGACACCUCACGUCUACUGGGCUCAACGACACCGCGAGCUAUAUCUGCGCGUGGAGCUGAGUGACGUGCAGAAUCCUGCCAUCAGCAUCACUGAAAAUGUGCUGCAUUUCAAAGCUCAGGGACACGGUGCCAAAGGAGACAAUGUCUAUGAAUUUCACCUGGAGUUCUUAGACCCUGUGAAGCCAGAGCCUGUCUACAAACUGACCCAGAGGCAGGUAAACAUAACGGUACAGAAGAAGGUGAGUCAGUGGUGGGAGCGACCUACUAAGCAGGAAAAGCGCCCACUGUUUUUGGCCCCUGACUUUGAUCGCUGGCUGGACGAGUCUGAUGCAGAAAUGGAGCUCAGAACCAAGGUCAGUAAGAACCCUAGGAUUCUGCCAUUGAAGACAGAAAUCAUGAGGAGCCCAACUCUUGCAAGCAUGAAGAAAGGAUACCUGUUCAUGUAUAAUCUUGUACAAUUCUUGGGAUUCUCUUGGAUCUUUGUCAACCUGACCGUGCGGUUCUUUCUCUUGGGAAAAGAGUCCUUCUAUGACACAUUUCACACCGUGGCUGACAUGAUGUAUUUCUGCCAGAUGUUGGCGGCUGUGGAAACUAUCAAUGCAGCAGUCGGAGUCACGAACUCACCAGUGUUGCCUUCUCUUCUGCAGAAACAGUUCAGAGGAUUCUGUUUCAGGAAAUAUGGCAGAUUAGGUGGCCUAAUGAACUCUCAUGCUAAAAACACUGGAGCAAAGGGCCAAGAACAUUCUUUUGAAGAAGAACCCAAGUUGGAGGACUUGCCCUACAAGAAAUCAAGACAUUAUAAGGAUUCAGGUUGCAUUCAGAACCUAAAGUGGCUUGUAAUAUCUGAAUUGCUUAUUUUCAAUAGGUACCCCUUCUACAUGCUAACUUGCAUUGACAUGGAUUGGAAGGUACUCACAUGGCUUCGCUACUCUGUGUGGAUCCCCAUGUAUCCUCUGGGAUGUUUGGCAGAAGCUGUCGCAGUGAUCCAGUCCAUCCCAGUAUUCAACGAAACAGGAAGGUUCAGUUUCACAUUGCCAUAUCCAGUGAAAGUCAAAGUGAGGUUUUCCUUCUUUCUUCAGAUUUAUCUUGUCGUGUUAUUUUUAGGGUUAUAUAUAAAUUUCCGUCACCUUUAUAAACAGCGCAGGCGGCGCUAUGGACAAAGAAAGAAAAAGAUCCACUAAGGAGAUUUGGAUGGCUUCUUACAACAGUUUGAGGC